AUGCUCACUUCUAAAAGAGGUGGACUUGUUUAUGAUAAAGAAGCUGAUUUUAAUGAACCUAUGAUGAGAAAUUGUGUUGGAAUUAGUCAUUUUUUUGUAUUUGAUGUAUUUGAUAAAGCGUUGUGUUUCUUAGAUAAAGUUGUUCAAAUAGGAUGUUAUGGAGAUGCUGCAACAUCACAAGAAAAACAUAAAAUUUGGGUAAAAAGAAUUUGUAGUAAUAAUGAGUAUAAUAAAGGAAAAGAAAAAACAAGUAAAGUAGGAUGUGGUGCACAUGCUUUCGUCAGAGAAGUACAAUUACGAACAAUAAUUCAUGGAACAAUAUUUAAAAAAGAACAAGUUAUUUUCAACUUUGAAAAUAAUAUUUGUUCAACUCAUAAAGUUUCAUUUCUUCCUUUGUUUGAGCCUAAAAUGUUUAGUUCAAAAUAUCAAAUUGUUAUGAAAAAAAAAGUAGUUCUUGUCACUAUUGGAGAAGGACAUUCUGCUGCUUGUAAACAACAAAUGCAAAUGAAUUGUUUCCAAUUAAAACAUAAAAAAGAAAAACAAUCAAAAGACUUUAAUGAAAAAGGUGAAACUUCUAUUCAAUCAAUAAAUCCUCCUUUACAAUCUCCUUUUGUUAUUUGUCAACAACCAUUUCUUCAAUCCGAUUCAAAACAAGAAGAAUUUCAUGAUAAUAGUAAAUGUGCAUUUACUCAAGGAGUAGUUAAUUAUGAUGGUCGAUAUUAUUUUAUGUGUAAUGAAGAUGAAAUGGCUAGAAAAUAUCUGAGUCGUAUUGAUUCAUUAACAAAAGAAGUUUUUGAGGAUAUUGAGAAUAAUCCUUAUGAUCAACGCCUUCAACUAUUCAUUCAAUUAAUUCAAAAUACUAAAAAAGCAUUUAUCCAAUAA